AACAUACCUGCAAUACACACGAGAUAGUAGAGCAAAUUAUAUGCCGUGCAUGUAAUGCAUUUGCGAAUGGGAGAUAUUCAUUGUACGGUACAGUGAGAUGCAAAAAGUCGAGAAAUCGAGUGACCAAGUGUUGUUUUAAACAAUAUUAUACGAGGAGCAGAGGACGCUGUGCUUCGCCGGGCCGGUGCAAGCCUUAUCGCACCUUAUAAAUAUACGCGUCGCGCUUUCCUACUUGUGUGUAACAGACACGAUAAUACAUGCGGCUGUUGUGAUAUAUACGUUUCACUAAGAAAACGGGAACUUGGCUAUAUCGUCUAUCGGACAUCUCGUUACGGCUGUAUGCAACACGUACCAGCUGGUUAUACACCGUCUAGCAACAAGUUAUACGGCAAGGAGAGCGCCAGGAAUAAAGCUCAAGCUUCGCCGUUGUAUGUAGCCGUCGGCUCCGUAAGGUGUUCAGCCUUAAGAUGGAUCCAACGGUGCAUGGUGAUAGCAACGGUGGAGGAAUCGGCGUCGGAGGUGGAGGCCAACAGCAGCAGCAAUACGGAGAGGUUAAUCAACUGGGUGGCGUCUUCGUGAAUGGAAGACCAUUGCCGAACGCGGUGAGACUAAGGAUCGUCGAAUUGGCGCAACUUGGUAUUCGGCCAUGCGACAUAUCGCGACAGCUUCGAGUCAGCCACGGUUGCGUUAGCAAGAUUUUAGCGCGAUACCACGAGACUGGAAGCAUCCUUCCAGGCGCCAUCGGAGGAAGCAAACCCCGAGUCACCACCCCCAAGGUCGUCCAGUAUAUAAAACAGCUCAAGCUGAAGGACCCGGGAAUUUUCGCGUGGGAAAUCCGGGACCGUUUGUUGUCCGAUGGUGUCUGCGACAAGUACAACGUUCCCUCAGUUUCCAGCAUAUCUAGAAUCCUCAGGAACAAGGUGGGCGCCGCGACGUCCACCGCGAUUCAUCACCACCCUCACCACCCUCAUCAUCCGCAUCAUCCUCACCAUCCGGCCCACCAUCAUCACCAUCACCACCACCUUUACGCAGCCGCGGCUGCAGCUGGAGCAGCACUUUGCCCCGUUCCUUAUCCUCCGACAGCUUAUCACAGUACGGCAUCGGCGGCCACGCAUCAUCAUCAUCAUCAAGUGGGCUUGACGACGCCCCAGUCGUCGAGCAAGAUGCCCCCGUCGCCCCCAACCCCAACGCCAGGUGGUGGUCAGCGUGAACAGUCAAACACAGUCUUGCAGUGGCCAAGUCCUCACACGGUUCACGAUAUACUGGCAAGCAGCGUACCAACGAUACCAAAUUCCUCGGCGCCGUCUUCCCUCUGCGUGAUCAUCAACAACAACAACAACAACACCACCAUCAUCACAAACAACAACAACAACAACAACGACAUCGACAACAACGGCAGCAGUAACAACAACAACAACAACAACAACCACAGCAGCAACAACAACAACAUCAGCAACAUCAGCAGCAGCAGCAAUCAUCAACAUCAGAACAGUAACAGCAACAACAAUCAUAAUCACUCGCCAUCGAAUAAUUAUCACACCCACCCUCAUCAGCACCACCAUCACCACCAGCAGUAUUACGCCUCGACACUUUACCACCAUCAUCACCAUCAUCAUCAUCCCGCGUCAACGACUUCGGGCGGACUGCAAGCUGCAGUUAUGAUGCAACCAUUGAACACAAGUCAGCCGGCCAGCCCGUGCAGUUAGCUUUUAGUAUAAUAACCAAAUCAGCUUACUACCCGUUAUAACGAAUGUGCAAUUAUUACAUACAUUAUAUCUAAAUGGACU